AUGGCGGAGGUGCCUGUGGAUUUUGAGGUGGAAAUAGAGGGGGAAACUGGGGGUGCGAAAGCUAUUGAGGGCGUUCUGGGGAUUUCACAGACACAUCCCAGUUCCAGCUGCACAGGAUCUUUCGACAGGAGUUUGCCUGGGCAGAAUUCCAAAUGUCUGGAAAAGUCAACAGAUGAUAAAUCAGAUCCCAACUUUAGUCAGCUUAACAGAAUUCAGAGAAACAAAGAAACUCACACUCUCGGUGUGCUCGGGAAAAAGUUUUUUGACGAUAAAAUCCCUCAAAAAAAGAAGCUUAAAUGGUUAAAAAGAUAUGCCACCAUUCAAGAUGACGGAACUGUGCAAUUUGAAGUUCCAGGAGACAUUAAACCUCAAAGCCUUGAUUUCAGUACGAGUGUAAGAUAUAAUGGAUAUAUGGAUAAAGAAGAUGCUCCAGCAUUGCCUCCACUUCAAAUUGUUAUGCUUAUUGUCGGAACAAGGGGAGAUGUACAACCAUUUGUUGCUAUUGGGAAGCGCUUACAGGAAUAUGGUCAUAGAGUAAGACUAGCCACUCACUCAAAUUUUGAAGAAUUUGUUUUGUCUGCUGGGCUGGAAUUCUACCCUCUUGGUGGAGACCCAAAGGUCCUAGCUGCUUACAUGGUCAAGAAUAAAGGUUUCUUGCCAUCUGGACCUUCUGAAAUACAAAUUCAACGACAUCAAAUAAAAGAGAUCAUAUUUUCUUUGCUUCCUGCAUGUGUAGACGCUGAUCCCAUUACAGAAGUUUCAUUCGAGGUAGAUGCAAUAAUUGCCAAUCCGCCUGCAUAUGGACAUACACAUGUUGCCGAGGCUCUGAAAGUACCGCUACACAUAUUUUUCACAAUGCCGUGGACCCCUACCAAUGAAUUCCCACACCCACUUUCUCGCGUUAAGCAACAAGUUGGAUACAGACUAUCGUAUCAAAUUGUCGAUUCACUAAUCUGGCUGGGAAUACGGGACAUGAUAAAUGAGUUCAGGAAGAAAAAACUUAAGCUAAGGCCUGUUACAUAUUUGAGUGGUUCCAAUAAUUCUCCAGAUGUACCAUAUGGCUAUAUUUGGAGUCCUCACCUAGUUCCCAAACCAAAAGAUUGGGGAUCCAAAAUUGAUGUUGUAGGGUUUUGUUUCCUAGACCUUGCAUCGAAUUACGUACCACCAGAUUCACUUGUGAAAUGGCUUGAAGCCGGUAAAGAGCCUAUUUACAUUGGUUUUGGCAGCCUUCCUGUCGAAGAGCCAGAAAAGAUGACUCAGAUAAUUGUUAAAGCUCUCGAGAAUACCGGACAAAGGGGCAUCAUUAACAAAGGCUGGGGUGGCCUUGGAAACUUGGCGGAGCAAAAAGACUUCAUCUAUCUGUUGGAUAAUUGCCCCCAUGAUUGGUUGUUUGCUCGAUGUGCUGCCGUGGUGCAUCAUGGUGGUGCUGGAACAACUGCUGCUGGUCUUAAAGCUGCGUGCCCGACAACUGUUGUACCUUUCUUCGGAGACCAACCAUUUUGGGGAGAGCGGGUGCAUGCUAGGGGAGUAGGCCCCUCACCAAUCCCUGUGGAUGAAUUUUCCCUUGAAAAAUUGGUUGCUGCGAUAAGGUUCAUGCUUGAUCCAAUGGUGAAAGAACGUGCUGCAGAAUUGUCUAAAGCCAUGGAAAACGAAGAUGGAGUGGCGGGUGCAGUUCAAGCCUUCCAUAGACACUUCCCAUGUGAAAGCCUGAAGUUGGAGCCUGAAAAGUCACAUCAACCUUCUAAUUCGUUUUCUCUCAGACGCUGUUUUCGUUGUUCCUGA